CAGCAGACUUCGACCUGUUAACAUCAAUGUGAAUGAUACGAGACUUCGGUGUCAGAAAAGGAUGCGAGAACGGAUAUCGACGAAUAGACCACCAAUAUUGAGCAUCAUGCGCUUGUACCCCCAAAACGAGCCAGACCGCCGGGUUUUUUUUUUCGCAGCCCCGUGGCCUCAUACUCGGUGGGAUACACAUGGAAAGGAAGCUCUUAGCGAGCCUUAUGAGAAUCUAGCCCGGGCUACUCGGCUUACCAAAUCGAGUCCCUAGGCAUGAAGAACCGGGAGAGUGGAACACCGACGAUGAGGCCAAGCUCUUCCCGAGAGCUAGCCGAUACUUGAAUAGUCCUGACUUACAUAUCCCUUGCCUUUUCUCUGGAGCCAACAGAUGUACCGGACAUCCUACACUAGAAUGGUGUUAUACUAGACUAUCUAAGGUACUGAGCUUAGAGUCUUAGCGUGCGUAUCAUGCAGUUUAUACGUGUGUCUCGCUUGAUAGUUUUGGAAGGAGUGGUAGUGUCGUGUUUGUCGUUGAUAUGCGGUAUAAGAGCACGAGAUGUAGACCAUAGUGUUAGGCCCCUCUUCCGCCCCUCGUCUGCCCCUCGUCCACCCACUCAAAUGGAUCCGGGGAGAAGCCAUAAAAGGUAUAAACCAGGAUUCCGGGCGCGUCCCCAAACUUUCUAGGAAUAAGUUGGGGGUGGGCUCAACGGGAAUGGUCAAGUUUGACUACUAUGGAUAUGUCUAACUUAGUAUGUUCUAGCUACUGUAGGUACUCAAACCCUAGUCCUCGUCCCCGGUUCGAAACCCGGAAUAGAA